AUGAUUAACUGUAGGGAUUAUGAAUCCAGGGUGUCUAUGAGGGAAUUGGUGGGUAUUGAAGGAGAGAGAAAGCUGUCAACAAUUGAAAUGGAGCAAAUGCUGGUAUCAUUGGGUCAUCAGUUUUGUGGGGCACUCACAUUAUGGAACUAUCCAUCAUGGAUGAGGAACCUUGUAGCCCAUGAUAUUAAUGGAAAAGACAGCCCAAAUCCUGUUGAUAUGGCCAGCUUGGAAAAUAGAGAGAGGGAAGUUCCUAGGUACAAUGAGUUACGGAGGAACUUGAUGAUGAUUCCUAUUAGCAAGUGGGAAGAUUUGACGGAUGAUGAAGAAGUCAUUGAAGCUCUCUAUGAUGUGUAUGGAGAUGAUGUGGAGAAGCUGGACUUGCAAGUUGGCUUGCAGGCAGAGAAGAAGAUCAAAGGCUUUGAAAUCAGUGAGACUGCUUUCUUUCUCUUCCUACUAAUUGCUUCAAGGGGGCUAGAAGCUGAUCGCUUUUUCAUGACCAGUUCCAACUCAAAACAUACACACAGAAAGGCCUGGAAUGGGUUAACAAAAAUGAGACUUUGA